AUCAUGUUAUAUUUCAAUUCCAACUACUCUUCCUUUAUUCUUUCCUUGUGUUGUCCUUUCAUCUUCUUCUUCUUCUAGUCAUAUAUCAUCAUGGACAGAAACAAUCCCCGCAGACAAGUUGCUGCAAUGAAACAGUCACUGUUUGAUCAGGGACUUCUUGAUGAACAAUUUAUCCAACUUGAAGAAUUGCAAGAUGAUGCUAAUCCUAACUUUGUUGAGGAAAUUGUCACUCUUUACUACCGUGAUUCAUCCAGGCUUAUCUCUAACUUGGAACAGACACUGGAGAGGAAUCCAUUGGAUUUCAACAAGUUGGACACAAUCAUGCAUCAGUUUAAAGGAAGCAGCUCAAGCAUUGGGGCGAAAAAGGUGAAAGCAGAAUCGAGUCAAAUUAGAGAAUAUUGCAGAACAGGAAAUGCAGAAGGGUGUAGGAAAAGCUAUCAACAAAUGAAGAAAGAAUAUGUAGCAUUGAGAAAGAAACUUGAAAAUUACUUUCAACUAGCUAGGCAAGCUGGACCAUUGGAGAGAGCAUGUCGCCCAAAGUAAACAACACCUUAUAUAAAUAUAAAUAUAUUCAAGGCAUGGAAAUGUAAAUUGCUGAAUUUUGUACAACAAAACAUGUUCAGCAUUCACCAAUAAUAUAUAUGAGGACUUAUGUUUUUUUUUAAUCAAAAAGUGAUGUUGUAGGAAUCCUGUUAUGGAGCUUUAUAGAGUUUACUUUAUACUAUCACUAGACAGAGCAAAUUGCGUCGCAUCAUUAUUCUGUCAGUCAUCAAAACCGUUCUCUUU